GACAGUGCAAUCCGGAGAUUCUGCGAGUGUGUGUAUGUGUGGAACGGAACUUGGUUAUUGCAGCUAAAGAAUUAUCUCCAACCAGAGAAUGCAUUACCAAUUUUUUUAAUUAAUUCACCAACUUUAAAAUCAAGGAAGAAAAUACAUCAACUACUUGAGACUGGCUACUGGUUCUGAACAUUUGGAAAUAUUAAACAUAAUCAUAUUCUUAACUCAUGUUGCAGGAGAAAGGAAGGAAAAUGAUUCAUCAGGGAGAAUACAGAUGGUCCCAUUUUUUCUCCUUUUUGCUGGUGUCCAUCAUUCCAGCUGUGAGAGCCGAGUAUUCCAGCUGUGGUGAGAACGAGUACUACAACCAAACCACCGGGGGCUGCCAAGUGUGCCCCCAGUGCCAGGCUGGGGAAGAACCGUACAUGAGUUGUGGCUAUGGUACUAAAGAUGAAGGCUAUGACUGCAUGCCUUGCCCACCAGGCAAGUUCUCGAAGGGUGGCUACCAGAUCUGCAGGAGACACAAGGACUGUGAUGGGUUCUUCCGGGCGACUGUCCUCACCCCUGGCACGGCAGAGAGCGAUGCAGAAUGCGGGCCUUGUCUACCAGGUUACUAUAUCCUUGAGAACAGACACAGGAACAUCUAUGGGAUGGUGUGCCAUUCCUGUUUGAUGGCACCCUCAAACAUCAAAGAAUGUAUGGGCACCAUGCUCAGCGAUUCUGGUAGUUCUAGCAGAUCCUUCUCCUCUCGUACCACCACUUCAUUCCCACAUGCCCAUAAAGCAGACCUGACUGGACAAGGACACUUGGCUACAGCUCUUAUAAUAGCAAUGUCAACAAUCUUCAUUAUGGCUAUCGCCAUUGUGUUAAUCAUCAUGUUCUACAUACUGAAGACAAAACCCAAUUCUCAAGCAUGUUGCUCUAGCCACUCAGUCAAGACUGUUGAAGCACAGACCAGCAAGCAGGAAGAGAAGAAGGAAGCUCAAGAGAAUGUUGACAAACUUAAACCAAAUCCUCCAAAGACUGUCAAAAGUGAAAAUGAUGCCUCGUCAGAAAACGAGCAGCUUCUCAGCAGAAGUAUCGACAGUGACGAGGAGGCUGCCCUAGAGAAGCAAGGGGCUACAGAUUUAUGCCUGUUGUCACUAGUUCAUUUAACCCGUGAUAAGUCCUCAUCCACAAACAAUAAGUCCACUGGGAUUCAGAGUCGAAGGAAAAAGAUCCUGGAUCUCUACACUAAAGCAUGCAGUGUUGCUGAAGGUCUCAGCCCCACUGAGCUGGCUUUUGACUGCCUGGAGAAGACGAGCAGGAUGCUUAGCUCCACAUACAACACAGAGAAAGCCAUCGUGAAAACGUGGCGCCACCUGGCUGAGAGCUUUGGUCUGAAGAGAGACGAGAUUGGGGGCAUGUCAGACGGGAUGCAGCUCUUCGACCGGAUCAGCACAGCUGGUUACAGCAUCCCAGACCUGUUGACCAAGCUGGUGCAAAUUGAGAGGCUGGAUGCAGUGGAGUCCUUGUGCACAGAUAUUCUUGAGUGGGCUGAGAUACCGGAGACCACAAGCCCUGCUCUCUCAUCCAGAUGUGCCAGCGUGUGAGCUGCUGCUAUAGCCUGGACCACUGUAAAAUGAAGAAUGAAGUGUUCUACUGUCCGCGAUUUCAGAAAAAAAAAACACUUUUCUAUCCGUUUCUACGUUCAGAUAUGUUUAAGUGCCAUUCACUACAAGGAGAAACAACAGCGAUUGUAAUUGAAUUCCAGUCAUGUUAAGAGACGGACCUUUCAGACAUUUUUUAAAUGAUUUUGGGAACAGUGUGCUGGACACUCUGAGAAAGACUUUUAAUAUUGAUUUACAAAUUAACAAAACUGUUUGGUAUCUGUGGAGAAUCAUGAAAGCAUUAUAACCAAAGACUUGAUCAAGAGGAACAUUAAUUUAUUAUCACAUUUUUCCAGAUUUCUGCUAACACUUUACUGCAAGUGCCUUCUUACUGUUUUAUUGAAUAAACCGAAGCGAGCAGGGAUGCACAUGCUGUUCCAACACAAACUACUUCAACUCUGCACUUAUUGAUGUCCAGUACUAGUCACUAUUCACAAAGCUUUAACUAGUUAACAAUACUGUUCAUGGUGUCUUAACAUGAGUCCAGAACAGUUUCAUGAAUGUCAGGCUCUAAUAACAUUCUUUAAAUUGCUUAUGAGUUUGUGAACAAAGUCCUAACUUUCUUCUGCAGUAAUAAUGUGCUCCCAGCCUGUGCUCAAAAUUCUGCUGGCUCUUUCUGUCGCUCGUGGUGUGUUGCAUGCAUUCACAGUAUUUCCACUCAUGAUGUUCUUCUCUUUGGCUGUUCCCAGCGUUCGUUCCAUUUCCAUUCAGUAGUUUUUUUGUUUGUCGUCAAGGAAAAACUGACCACUAAUGUAACACAUUAACCGACAUUCCCUUUUAAAUAGAGGUUUUAUUAUGAGGUAAACCUGAUGAAGCCUUAUUUCUACCCAACCAAAAUGGAAUUGAUAUAAUCUGGGUUAAACCCAAUUUCAUCCCAAAAUUAUGUCAAAAGAUUAGUUAUUAAUGCGAGUUGCUAUAAAUCAAGGAUACUUAAACAAUGCAUCUGUGUCCUUUUUGUAAAAACAAAUAAAGGUGUUUCCUUUUUUAAUAAGUAAAUUAAAUAGAGGUACAGUAUGUUAAAACAUAGAGUUCCUGAAGUUUUAGUUGUUAAAGAGUACAGUAUGUUAAAAUAGGAUGUGGUUUCACACAGUUUCCUCCUUUUCUCUGUGUAGGAUGUGCAGAAUUAUUGCCAGGCUUGCUUAUGCUUAUCCAUACCUUUUCUGUGCUGUAUUACACUUUGCUGUGCCUUGCUCAUGUUAUAAAGCAGUUAAGGUUAACAUUUGACAUUUUUAAGUUUGUAUUCAUUUAGAAAACCUUAGUGAAACAGUUAAUUUAGAGAUAAACAAUUUAAUUUUCAAGACAACCUUUUUUGUUUUGUUUUAAUUGUGUGCUUUCUUUACAUCUGUUUCAAAGUAUUAUUUUCCAACAACUGAUUAAACCCAUAUGGAAGAAGCCAAUGUUAAGUGACAUGCUAUUACUGAAAGUCAUGCAGAUAUAUAUUGUGGCAUGUUUUAAUGUUAACAUAUAUGGACAUAUAUUUAACAUAAAGCAGGAAAUAUUGUGCAUGGGCCAGACUGACAAGUAUUCCUAAAAAGAAGCUAGGAAUGUGACUCUGUGCAUAUUUUCAUGUACGAUAUAAACACUCAGUAAGGUCUUCCCCAAUAAGCAUAGUCUUGGUUUGCUCAAAGCCAGCUGCGAGGCAGAUGUUGUGGCUCAAGAUGCGUAUCAAGGUGCUAGGAUUGAAAUCAGAUCAGGAUCACAGCACCCAACUGCCAUGAAUCUGCCAAAUGCAGUUUGUCUGAGCUGAUUUUAAUCAUUGUCAGAUACUGAGCUUUCAAAGUCAGGAGCUGGACUCCUAUGUAAGUAACUGAUUAAUCAUACCAACUGCAUGUGUGAUCAAUUUACAUGUAAUCCACAAGAUAAACAUUUGUGCUUUCCUUCAACAUAUAAUUUGAAAAAUGCUGUACAGCAUGGCCAUUCUGCUUACCUCAUCUACCUUAGUUGCACAUUGAAAUGUACCACAAAAAAAAAAUGUAUGUAUAUAUAUAUAUAUAUGUAACUUAUUAUUGUACAUAUUCAUUAAUAAAUAAUUGUAUUAUUACAUUUAUUUUUCUGGGAAGUGGGGGAGGGAUCUUUUUAUUUAUUUUUAGAAUGGGACAUGUUAAGUUCAAAUCUGUCUGUGCUUUAAUGGACUAUGUCUUGGGGCCUCCUUCACAGGAUGGUCUUGAAUUUUACUUGUACCUUUAUUGAAUACUGCUUAAUAAUAGAAAAGUAAAUAACACAGAAACAGUUAAUCACAUCCCAUAAAGUGCUACAGAAUAUAUUGAAAUAAAAAACACUGCUCAUAAAUGAGCUGUAUAAAUGUAUUGCAUAGCAAAAACUACAAAAGUAUAGUUUGACACCCCUGCUCUAGAAUCUCUUUCCAUUCUUUGUAGCCACUGGAAGGGGAUUGCAAGUGUGACUUAAAAUAUAGCUCCUCUUUUUAAGAAUUUCGUUUCCUGGUGGACAGCGCCCAUGUGGCCUCAAUAGAGCUGUCAGAAUCUUGUGUAACCUUGUAGUAAAUCUGGUCCACCAGAG